GCCACCGGCUGGCGUCUACCGUUGCCUGGCGCCCCAGGCCCUGAGGUGGGACGGUCGGCCGCUGACACCCUCCCCUUUCGACCCUGAAGUACCCGGCCUGGUGGCCCCAGGAAGUUCCCGUCGCAUGGCGGAGUGCUGCGGACCACGCCCAUGAAGUCCGUAAUCCUUCUAGCGGCGCUGUUGCUAUGGCCUGCGUCCUCGCCGGCGUUUCCGGUGUACCGGAGCUUAACUGUGUCACCCAGUGAAGAAAAAAACUUGAAUCGUUAUGUGCAAGUUUUAGAGAAUUUAAUGCUGAGUGUUCCCACGAAGGAGCCAGACCAAGUGGAAAUAUUAAACUCUCCAAACAAUGGCUAUUCUCCAGACAUGGCUGUCUCAAGACUGAAGGCGCUCAGCAUACCCGGAGAUGCGGUAACUCUGGGCGGCACUCCCCCCCGUGGCAGUCUUGGGAGCACAGCUUUCCCUGCGACCAGCCCCACGCUGGGGACAGCAAGCAGCAAACCCACUGAAAGCACACCCUUCUGGUCCAUCAGACCCAACAAUGUCUCUGUUGUUUUGCACACAAAAGAACCUUACAUUGAAAAAGAGCCAGAGCCAGAGCCAGAGCCAGAGCCAGAGCCAGAGCCAGUCGUGGAACACACCGAGACCCCCAGGUCGUCCCCGUCCACCUCCAGGUCCUCCUGGAGUCCGCCUUACACCACCACCCAACCUUCGCGCACAGAUUCGGAGUUCUCCACGGAGUCUGAAGAUGUUCCCCAGCUCUCAAACGAAAACCUCCAAGAGCCAACUGACCAUCACUCACGGGUUAUGAAUAAUGAUGACAUUUUGAAAGAAAUCUCAGCUAUCUACUCCCUGCUGCAACAGGCACCCCUGGGUGACAAGCAUGACCCAGAGUAUAAAGAGGUCAUUGAGGGCUCUGAAGAGAGCCUGAGAAGAAGUCUUGCUCUGGCAGCAGCAGCAGAACACAGAUUGGAAAAAAUGUAUGAAUCUCAUGUCUUUCCAGAAGAGCAAACCAGUAAGGGGACUUACGGCAUUGAAACUGUUAUUAACAUGCUAUAUGAUUCCAGAUCUAAACUAUCAAAAUAUUUAGAUAUGAAAUAUGUUCCACCAGAGAUGAGACAAAAGGCAACCACAGUAUUCAACACGUUGAAAAACAUAUUAUGUGUAGGUCAAGAGGACACUCCAAACCUUAUUAAGAGGUUAUUAAGAAAUAGUAUAAAAAUGUUGGACCGGGGACAUAGCUCAGCAAGAUAGCGCCUACCGGGUAAGCGUAAGGUCCUGAGUUCAAGUCCUGGUACCCGCUCCAAAGGAAAUAAUAUAAAAAAUGUUAAGUCUAAUUGAUACUCCAUGACAACAUUGAUUUAAACAAACUGCAUUCAUUCACAGGAAAACAAGCACAUUAGUGAUUUCUAAAGUUGUGUAUUUUCUAAUGUAGUUCAGUGUGCUCACAUCUUUAUAUGUCAUGUAUAAUGAAAAUUUUUAUAUGCACUGAAAAACCUAAUAAUUUAAAAUAAAAUUUUGGUUUUGGA